AGACUGAAGGCAGCGCUGACUCAUCAUCCUGCCACCAUGUCGAACGGGAAUAUGAACACCAUGGGCCACAUGAUGGAAAUGAUGAGCUCGCGGCAGGACCAGACGCCACACCAUCAUAUGCACUCACAUCCUCAUCAGCACCAGACGCUGCCACCUCAUCACUCAUACCCACAUCAGCACCAGCAUCCGGCGCACCAUCCUCAUCCUCAGCCUCAUCACCAGCAGAAUCAUCCCCACCACCACUCCCAUUCACACCUUCACGCGCACCCGGCACAUCACCAGACCUCGCCGCACCCCCCGCUGCACUCAGGUGGACAAGCACAGGUUUCACCAGCAGCGCAGCAGAUGCAGCCCACGCAGACGUUACAGCCGCCACAGCCGACCGGAGGUCGCCGGAGGAGGGGGGUGGACGAAGACCCGGAUGAGAGGAGGCGGAAAUUUCUGGAAAGGAACCGAGCCGCUGCCACGCGCUGCAGACAGAAGAGGAAGGUCUGGGUGAUGUCACUGGAAAAGAAAGCAGAAGAGCUCACCCAGACAAACAUGCAGCUUCAGAACGAGGUUUCCAUGCUGAAAAAUGAGGUAGCACAGCUGAAACAGUUAUUGUUAACACAUAAAGACUGUCCGAUAACAGCUAUGCAGAAAGAAUCGCAAGGAUAUCUAAGUCCCGAGAGCAGUCCUCCCGCGAGCCCGGUCCCAGCUUGCUCCCAGCAGCAGGUCAUCCAGCACAACACCAUCACGACCUCCUCCUCCGUCAGUGACGUCGUGGGAAGCUCCACUCUCACCCAGCUCGCCAGCCACAGAACAGACAUCAACCCCAUCCUUUAAAAGUGGUUGAUGAGAAACUGCUAGGGGAGUGUGGUAGCGUAUCAAAGCGUCUUCUGUGCUAAGGACAUUUGCAACCGUAACUCAAGCCUGGAAGAUUCCUCAGUUCUUGAAAGACUCUGGCUUUCAUUUUUAUAGUUAUUAAAAUGUCUUUUAUACUUAGUUACAUAAAAGGGAGUUAUGCAAUUAAUAUGCUAUCAGCUUGAGAAAUGCUUUGGUGCUUUCUCCAUUUUUUUUGGUACCAGUUACUUGUUUAUAAACCUAACUGUUUCUGUACAUAGUCAUGUUUCCUUCUCACCAAUCUAGCCUGAAGCCUCAGAAAUACGGAGUUGUGUAAAACUGCAGCUUGUUAGCCAACGUGAGGCAUGAAAAGUAUUAAACAGAGUCGUAUGUAGGUAACUAAGGGUAAUUAGGCUAUAAAUAUAGAAAGAGGGCAUCUGCUGACAGCAUAAUAAAAAAUUACUUAGCAUUGUGCUAUCAGCAGACCCUGUCUUGCAUUCAGAGCCUCUUUCAAAGUCGUUAUGUAGGAUGUGGCUAUCAGGACAAAAUCAAGCCCAGAUAAUGUGCUCUUUUGUCUAGCCCUCCCACUUCUCGCCUUUCUCCUACCCUGCCCUUUUUCUCCUCCUUUAUUCUUACACCUUCCUUUUCCCUUCCCAAACCCUUUUC